CACGGCAGCGCGCUAGAGACGGCAUCAGCUUGCAGGCCCUACCCGCCGUCUGUCCUUGACCACCACGACCUCUCACACGACCAACCUCGGCGCACACAAUGGCGGCAGAAGACGCCCCGCGCAAAUGCUCGGGCCAAGACUGCGAAAACGACGCCGGCUCGCUGCAAUGUCCAAACUGCCAGAAACUGGGAAAGGAGAGCUACUUUUGCUCACAGGAAUGCUUCAAGCGCAACUGGGGUGAGCAUAAGAAGGUGCACAAGUCACAAACCACCGGCCACUACAACCCCUUCCCUACCUACCCGUACACGGGAGCGCUCCGACCCGUAUACCCGCUGUCGCCUCGCCGAGAAGUACCCAAGCACAUUCGGUUACCCGACUACGCAAAAGACGGAAUUCCGCGAUCGGAGCAAGUGUUUGUCAACCGGAAUAAAAUCACCAUCCUGAACAAGGAGGAGCAGGAUGCGAUGCGCAAAGUGUGCCGAUAUGGGCGGGAGAUUCUGGACAUUGCAGGCAGAGCUGCGAAGCCCGGCGUUACGACUGAUUACAUUGACGAAAUUGUCCACAAGGCGACGGUUGAGCGGGAUUCGUACCCAUCGCCCCUCAACUACUGCCAUUUUCCCAAGUCUGUAUGCACGUCUCUCAACGAGGUCAUCUGCCACGGCAUCCCCGACCAAAGAGUACUCAAGGAUGGAGAUAUUCUCAACAUCGACAUCUCCGUCUACCACGGCGGUUUCCACGCGGAUCUGAACGAGACUUACUACAUUGGAGACAAGGCGCUCGCGAACCCAGACGCUGUGCGGGUGACUGAGACUGCGCGCGAAUGCUUGGACAAGGCGAUUGAGAUUGUCAAGCCAGGCACGCUUUUCCGCGAAUACGGCAACGUCAUCGAGAAGCAUGCGAAGAGCCGGAACUGUAGUGUUAUCAGGACAUAUUGCGGACACGGCGUCAACCAGCUUUUCCACUGCGCGCCCAAUGUUCCGCAUUACGCAAAGAACAAGGCGGUUGGGCAAGCGAAGCCAGGAAUGUGCUUCACAAUCGAGCCCAUGAUCAGUGUUGGCUCACACCGAGACAAGACAUGGCCGGACGACUGGACAAGUGUCACGCAAGACGGCUCUCUGACUGCGCAAUUUGAACAUACCCUGCUUGUAACGGAGGAUGGCGUCGAGGUGCUGACUGCCAGGCUACCCGACUCGCCAGGCGGCCCAGUGCCAAUGCCAGAAGCCACCAAUGGAGAAUCGAAUGGGGAGAAGAAAGCGGAGGCUUGAGCGCAACUUGGAUGGAAAAGACAGAGCGGCAGCAUGUUGUACUUGAAAUGACGCCACCACAGGCUCCCCCAGACGGUCAUGGUAUUACUAUGCGGCACUACACCUAAUUCAUACUCGGUGGCUCUGAAAU